UGAAAUAUAUUAAUUAAUAGUUUAUAAAUUUUAGAUUACCAUAAUUAAGCUGUUGGGUUGGGUUAAUUAUUAUAUAUAAAAAUCUAGUCCUCCGCCCUUUAUCACCCUCCCACGUAACGUUCUCUCUUUGACGCCAUCACCAACAGGUCAAACCUCGAUACCCAACAAAAACUCCACCGGAAAAUGACCACAUACGGCACAAUCCCAACCUCGUCGUCUCCGGGAGCCACCACGAACCUCUCGUACAUAUCUCGAGCCAAAGAAAGGAUCAAAGAGGGACUAGGUACUCGCAGACCAUGGAAAAUAAUGUUCAAUUUCCAUUCUUUGAGGCUCCCUGCAAAUCUAUCAGAAGCUCUGGCUCGAGUGAAGACGAACGCCGCCUACUUUCGCAUGAAUUACGCCAUAAUAAUACUAAUAAUCGUGUUCUUGAGCCUCCUGUGGCACCCAAUCUCGCUUAUAGUGUUUAUAGUGAUGAUGGCUGCGUGGCUGUUCUUGUACUUCCUGAGGGAUGAGCCGUUGGUGGUUUUUGGCAAAACGAUCGACGAUCGGGUGGUGUUGAUCGUACUGGGGGUGCUGACUAUAGUGUUCUUGUUGCUGACACAUGUGACUUUGAAUGUUCUGGUGUCGCUGCUAAUCGGAGUGGUUGUGGUGGUGGUGCAUGGGAUUAUAAGGAAGACUGAUGAUUUGUUCUUGGAUGAAGAGGCUACUGGGUUGAUGAGUACUUCCGGUGCCGGUGCCGGUGGUGCUUCCUCUUCCUCUUCUUGAUUUGGAGUAGAAUUUGAUCCUCAAGCUAGAUCCACAGAACUUGCAAGAUCAAAUUCAAGGAGAAAUGUAAACCAGGGAGUAGAGCCUAUGUGGUUGUUGAUAAACGAACUCAAAUGGCUUCUAAUGCCCAAGAAAUUAACGUCAAAGUGAUGAUGGUAUUUGCUGAUUUAUGCAUCAAUUGAUAUUUAAAUGAGUAUGAACUAAGUUUGAAUCU